AUGGAAGUAUCUGGCCAAAAGUGUAUGAAAGACAAAGAUGAUACACUGUGUAGUUUCUGCGAAGAUUUUGAUAUAACAACUUGUGCCGAUGGGUUUUGCGUAGAAUGUGAAGUUUACUUUUGCAAUUCAUGUUUUGUGAAACAUAAAGGACGUAAAAUUAGUAGAAAUCAUUCCUUGGUAAAACUUGACGAUUCAAAUUCAGUGAAAAUAACGGCUGAUGAUUCGUAUGAAACAUGUCAGCAGCACAAUGGAGAAUUCGUGAAAUUUUAUUGUCCAAAGCACGAACAGGUUUGCUGUGGAGAAUGUGGCGUUUUAAAUCAUAAUGAAUGCAAGUUGGAAUUCAUUCGGGACAAAGUUGCUGCCUUUAGUACAAGCCAAGAUUCUAGAAAUAUCAUACAAGAGAUAACUAGAUGCACGAAAGAGGCUGAAGAUAGUUCCUUAUUACUUGUGAUCAACAGACAACAGAUUGCCAAAUUCUAUGAGCAAUUUGUUCGUGACGUAGAGGCAUUCGCAGAUCAUGUAAUUGAGCGUAUACAAAAAAUGAAAUCUAGCGUUCUGAAUCAGGCAAAGGAGGUUAUGUUGAACGACAAGAAAACAAUGGACGAUCUACAGAAGCAGACCGAUGACUUAAUUGCAGAAUUGUCACGUCAAAACAAUAUGCUAGAAUCAAGAAUUAAUCAGCCGAACAAGUUUUUCGUAGCUUCUCUGCAAGUAAAGUCGUUUUUGAAAAAGACAAAGAGAAAUUUUGAUAUUGUAAAAAAGGAAAACAUAGUGACUCAGUAUAAAUUCAAGCGUGACGAAGAACUUGCUGAAUCAAUUAAAGAAAGCAAGGUGAUUGGGUCGCUCAUUAAACAGUCAGAAAAUACGUCUUUAUUUAUUAUAAAGCAUGCAAAGAGUGAAAGCAGAACCAAACAGACUGAGAAAGAAUUGGCAGUGGCGUGUGAAAGAGAAGACACGACGAGGGCAGUAGCGCACCAAAAGCUUCAACCAUUACAUGACAGGAAACUAUUUUGCAGAAAUCUAAAAAUAGAUGGCGAAUGUCUCAGUUAUGCCGCAUACGGAAGUAAUGCUAUUGGAUUGUAUGUGUUCAAGGAGAAUGUGCGUGCGGGAUCAUUCUUUGAAAUUGAGAUAUUAAGCAUGGGUAAAAGCGGGUCGUUAGCUAUUGGUGUAGUGCCAGAUAACUAUCCUGACAAUCUUCUACCGGGCGUAGGCAAAUAUUCCUUCGGAUACCAUUCAGACGGCAAGGUGUAUACAGAAAGCAAAUCCGAUAAAAAAUCUGGUGAUGCAUGGAAAGUCGGCGAUCGAAUCACGUGCGAUGUUGUUCUGUAAGUAUUUAGUAUUUUUAGCGUUGCUCGUUUCUAAUGAUUUGCUUUAUAAUUAAGAU